AUGACAUAUUUUUUAAACGACAUCCGACCACCUUCUCCAAAUGAUAUUACUCCAUCGUUCACUUUAUUGACUAAAGAAUUGUUUGACAAGCUUGACGGGGUUAGAAAAGAGAGUCUUGGUGAUUUUCGAACUGUCACUGAGAAGAAAGCAUUCAUUAUCAAAACUUUUAUAAAUACAUUUCGAACACACAUUGGCAAUGAUAUAUACCCUUCAGCAAAACUAAUAUUCCCGGAAAAGUCGGGAAGAAUAUAUUUUAUCAAAGAAGUUGCAUUGGCUCGUCUUUUGAUUAAAAUGUACAAAAUCCCCAAGGAAUCGGAAGACUAUAUCACAUUACACGAUUGGAACAAACUGUAUCAAAGGUCACGAAGGUUUUCCAUUGAUGAGAAAAAGAUACGUGAUUUGCCAUUGCAAGCAUCAAGGAUUAUUUCCAAAAGGAGGCCAAUUGUGGAUAAACUCGAGGAAUAUACUGUACCGCAAAUUAACUCUUCUUUAGAUCAAUUGGCAUUGGAAAAGGUGUCUCAGGGUCAGAUAGAUAUUCUUAAACCACUAUUUGAUAAUCUAAGUAUACCAGAAGUAAGAUGGCUUAUUCAUAUACUACUUAAUAAAUCGAUCUUAACUAGCAUGGAGAGAUUUUUUUUCAACACUUGGCACCCGGAUGGAUAUAGAGUGUUUAGCAUAUGCAAUGACUUACAAAAGACAUUACAAUUUUCAACAAAUCCCGAUUUGAGACUAGACCCUCUGCAGUUAGCUAUACAUCCUUGUUUCAAGUUUAAACCACAGUUGUCAGAAAGAUUAACAACCAGUUAUAAAACCCUUGUGAAAAAGUUACAAAGAAAGCAUGAAAUGGAUCCUCCAUAUGAGAAAAAAUUCCAAGAGUUAGGAUUGGAAAAUAAAUUUUACAUCGAAGAGAAAAUGGAUGGUGAUCGUAUGCUUCUUCAUAAGGAUGGUGAUAGCUUCAAGUUUUUUUCACGACGCUUGAAGGAUUACUCUUAUUUAUACGGAGAAAGUUUCCAGUUUGGUGCCCUCACUAAAUUUUUGGCCCAUGCUUUUGCCGGAAAUAUACAAUCUGUGAUUUUAGACGGCGAAAUGGUGGCCUAUGAUUAUGAGCGUAAUGUCAUCCUUCCAUUUGGAACUUUAAAAUCACUGGCAAUUCAAGAAAGUGUCCGACAGUUUACAACCAUCGAUCAGUAUGAACAACAGACAGCAUAUCCAUUUUUCCUUGUGUUUGACAUUUUGUUUUUAAACGGGAAAGAUUUAACUAAUUAUCCGUUAUUCUUCCGCAAAAACAUCUUGAACCGAAUUCUUAGACCAAUACCAAACAGAUUUGAAGUUUUAGAUACACGGCUAGGUUCUUCUCUGGAAGAUAUCGAAAGAGCAAUCAGAGAAGUUGUCAGUAGUCGAUGUGAGGGUUUAGUAUUGAAGAAUGUACAGCUGAAGUAUGAAAUUGAUGGGUUCAGAAACCCAGAUUGGAUAAAAGUCAAACCAGAGUAUUUAGAAAAAUUUGGUGAAAAUUUAGAUCUUGUGGUGAUUGGCAAAUCUCCAGCCAUAAAAAACUCCUAUAUGUGCGGAUUGAAAAGUGUAACUGAUGGCGUUUAUUAUAGUUUUUGCACCUGUGCCAAUGGUAUAGAAAUUGAGGAGUUUGAUAAGAUCGAAAGACUCACUCAUGGAAAGUGGAUUAAAACAGAUGUGUCAAUGCCUCCCGAACUGUUGAUCAAAUUUGGAACUAAAAUUCCCACUUUUUGGAUUCAUCCGAGUGAUUCGUUAGUUUUGGAAAUCAGAGCUCGUUCAAUUGACACUCGAGCAGGCACCCUGUAUGCUGUGGGGUCAACUUUACAUAACAAUCAUUGUCGAAAAAUAAGAGAAGACAAAUCUAUUGAUGAAUGUGUGACAUUACAGGAGUACACGCAUAUCAAGGCAAAUUAUAUCAAUGAUUUAAAUAAAGCACAAACUGCAUUGGGGAAGAAACGUGAACCUGUGUACUCAUUAGAUAAUGAGCUGAAAUUGAAAAAAGUCAAAGUUGAAUCUGAUUUGUUUAGUGGGAUAGAGUUUUUGAUUAUGAGUGAUAAAAGAGAGGCUGACGGCGAAGUUACAACCAUCGAAGAAAUGAAAGCAAUGGUUAAACAGUAUGGUGGAAAAAUUGUCAAUUCUGUUGAUCUUGCAACAAACUACCAAAUAAUGGUGAUUACUGAACGAGAACUUCCUGUAUCCAGUCAAUAUCUAAGUAAAGGAAUUGAUUUGGUGAAACCAAUCUGGAUAUAUGAAUGCAUUAAAAGAGGAUGUGUUCUUCAACUAGAACCAUAUUUUAUAUUUGCCAGUAAAAAUUGGGAUAAUUUUAACCAUAUGGUUGAUCAAUAUGGAGACUCAUACAUCAUACACCAUCCCUUGAACAUUGUUGUUCCCAAACUUUCUGAAAGUGAACUUGAAGACCUUCGUAAUGGAUUUGAUUGGGGUGAUCUUAAACCUUGGAUCUACUUGUUCAAAGGUUUGUCAUUUUACGUGUGUGGGAAUAACUUGAGUGCUCGAUUUUUAAAGGAAAGAAUUGAGAGAUUCAGUGGAGACUUGUCGAAACAUUUUAUCGAAUGUUGCUACAUAGUAAUCCCUGAUAACCAUUCCAGACCACUAAUGCUUCGUGAAAUUGAUAAGAUGUCAAACCAAAUUUCUCGCGAAAUGGUUAUUGAUAAAAAUGGUGGGUCUUCGAGAAUUCCACAUUUUGUUACUGAGGCAUUCGUUCAGGCUUCAAUCAAGAUGAAUUAUAUUCCCGAUCCUGACGAUUACAAGUUUAGGUGA